AGCAGAGGAGCGCGGCGCGUUUUUCGGCCUGAUGAUGGCGCAGGGCCUGCGCGGCGUCUCGAACGAGUUCCUCGAGCAGGCACAGGGGACGGGCGCCCAGUUUGGCCCGGGCGGACUGCGCGCGAUGCUGGACAAGUACAACGACUACCACGAGGGCGGCAAGAUGUACCGCUCCAACACGUACGUCGCCCUGCUCGAGGAGGACUUUGGACGCAUCGGAGCGCUGCCUCUGCUCCACCUGCGCUCUGUGGUCAACUAUGACGUGUCGACCAUGUUUGGGCCGCUGGCGCUCGAGCUGGAGCUGCCCGGCCACCACUUCGACGUGGCUGCGCGCUGCAUCUCGCUGCGCGACCCCGCCUUUGACGUCCUUGCCGAGCAGUUCUUCGCGCCGCCCUCAUACACCAGCGCCGCCCUUAUGCGGCGCGGCGCGGCGGCGGGCGGGGCCGGCGGGGGCGACGGAGGGGACGGAGGGGACGGAGGCGGCGGGGCUGGUCGCGCCUCGAGCUGGCUCGAUGCCGCCUGGGACGCCGCCUCCCUCUUGCCCGUCGCCGCCGCCGACUGGCUCAACGAGCAGGUAUUACGAGCGCAACUGGGCAGCAUGUCCUCGCUCCAAAAGUGCCUGGUGCAGCCGGCGCCGGCGCAAAAGCUGCCCGAGCAGUGGGAGGGAGGUUAGUGUUGUCGUGGGGAUGCAUGUUGUUGCGAGUCUAUACAAAUAAGUGAAUAAAACGGCC